CCCGCGUCCCGCAACUUCCGGCCUUGCACCCGGUCCUCGCACUUUCCGCACUCCUAGGCUUCUGGCGCUCGAGGAAGAGCAGGCAGUUCCUUAACCAUCAGUAUGGGUAUCCGUGGACUAAUGAGUUACGUGGAAGAUCACAGUAGUCAAUUCUUCAUUGAUUUGAAGUUGAGGGACACCAAAAUUAUUAUUGAUGGCUAUGCACUUUUCCAUCGAUUGUAUUUUGAUUCAAACGUGGAUCUCCGGCAUGGAGGAGACUAUGAUUCUUUUACCGAUGUUAUACACAGAUUCUUUGAAUCACUCUCUUCUUGUAAAAUUCAUCCAUAUGUUGUAUUAGAUGGAGGCUGUGACAUUUCGGAUAAAAAACUCCUCACCUUAAAGGACAGAGCCCGGGAGAAGAUCCAGGUAGCGCAUUCCCUUUCUCUUGGUGGGAGGGGAAAUCUGUUGCCUUUACUCAUCCGAGAAGUAUUCAUUCAAGUCUUGAACAAGCUUCACAUAGACUUUGUCCAAUGCUUCUCCGAAGCAGACAGAGACAUCAUGACACUUGCUAACCAUUGGAAUUGUCCUGUGUUAACGAUGGAUAGUGAUUUUUGCAUUUUUGAUCUGAAAGCUGGCUUUUGUUCUCUGAAUGGUUUUCAGUGGAAAAACCUGGCAGUGUUUAAAGAUACAUUUCACUACUAUAUCCCUGCCAGAUGUUUCUCGGUAGAUAAGUUCUGCAGUCAUUUCAACAAUAUGAAUAAAGCCCUGUUGCCUGUCUUUGCUGUGCUGUGUGGUAAUGACUACAUCAAUUUGCCUGCCCUGGAAACCAUCUUCAGUAGAAUGAGUUUCUCCUCUGGAGCCUCUAGCACCAAAGGGAGAAAGCACCAGCGAAUUCUGGGACUCCUUAACUGGCUGUCUCAUUUUGAUGCCCCCUCUGAAGCUUUAGAUAAUGUGGUGAAGUACCUGAAAAUGAAUGACAGGGAAGCGGUUAGAGAUCUACUUUGGGCUUCAAUGGAAGAAUACCAGCCAUCUCCAGUGAAGCUACAGGAUUUCUUCCAGCUCGGUGCCUACGUGUCUCCCUGCGCCACCGACCUAGGCUUACCAGAAUGGAUACAGCUGGCUUUGGCCAAAGGGCAGCUUUCUCCUUUUGUCUGUGAUGCGUUGUCAUUACGGCGGACUAUUCUUUAUACCCAGGUGGAGAACAUGCAAUGUCCAAGUGCCCACGUUGUCUCUCUCUCCAUUCGGAAAGUCAUCUAUGGCCUUCUUCAGAAUUCUUCUCCAAAUCUAAAUAACGUGUCCCGAAGCACAGGCUCCAAACAACCACUGGCUUUCAGUGAGAUAGAAAGGAUUGAUAAGAAUAUUGCAACGGUGGUUACUCAUGCAGCAAAGCUUCCAGAGGAAUAUCGGGAAUUAGGCAAAUUGAAUGUGCUUUCUCUCUCUAAGCGUAAGAAUCUUCUAUUAGAAACCCUGAAAGUGAAAGAGGUUGUCCUGGACCCAAUUCCUGCUUCCCUGAAGUUACCCAUUGCUGUCACUUGCUUUUGGUUACAAUCCAUAGAAGGCCAAGCAAAACUGUAUCAUGUACAAGCUUUACUGAUGGGAAUGGUAGUUGGCCAGUUGCAGAAGAUGAUCAGUGAGCCAGAUAAUGAGGAAUCGCCUAUGGAUGGGGCAAAGCUGUUCUGUGACCAGUUUCUUAAAGUGAAAGAAAAUAAACUGCAAAGAAAAUUGGAUUUCGAUACUGCCCAUGUUUUCUGUCAGUGGCAGUGCUGUCUCCAGAUGGGAUUCUAUCUCAAUCAGCUUCUGCUAACACCUUUACCUGAGCCCAACAUCACAUGGCUGUACAGUGGGACUCUUGUCCAUGGACUUUCUCAAGAACUUUCCGCUUCAUCCUCAACAGAAAAUCUCUUGCGUGUGUGCCCUGGAGCAAGACAGCUUUAUAGUCAGCUCUUCCAUGGACUGAAGUCUGCUGUCCCCUCAGAAAGUCUUUUCCACAGAGAGAAGUCAAAAGCCAGAAGGAAGAAGCCAAAGAAAACGAACACUAACCUGACAAAGCACCGAGUUGGGACCAGGUCCUUACUUGAUCACGUCAGCAACAGGUUUGGGCUCCUCUCAGUAGAGGACUUGGAUGAUUGGGAUCAGGAGUCAAAGCUGGAAUAAAUCCAGACUUUCAAGUCUUGUGGAUUGUGACUGAGAUGAUAUUUUCAGGUUUAUUCUCUAAAUCAAUCAUGCAGUAGGGAUUUCGUCAUCACUGGAGCUACAGUAUUGAGUGCACUUGGAACCCAGGAAAGCCAUCACUAUAAAAUAAUUACUUGAAACCUCUCUCAAGGUCAUCAUAGAUUGACUAAUAAUUAUAAUAGAUUUUCAAAUUGCAGUAGCUCUGGCUGUGUAUUUGUAAGGUGUGUAUGUAUAUAUAAUGGAUCCAUAUAUAUUAUAUAUGUGGAAGUGGAUAGGGGUGUAUAUAGGUAUAUACAAAGAGAAAUUUUUUAAGGUUUUAUAUUAAAUAUAUCAAGUCGAUACCUUGUAACAUGUAUUUUAUCCCUGGGGAUACUACAAUGUAGUCAUGGAACUGCCAUAAAUUUAAUAUUAUAGGGAACCAGGUAAUUGUUGUUCCUUAAAUUAUUUUUAUAAUAAAUACUUUUUAUGUUUUCA